GUUAACUUUUCAAAUGUAAAAUUACUAUAAAAAGUUUUUAUUUUUAUUUUUAAAAAUCUGGCUCAGUGCUUAUUUCGUUUCUUUAAAAAAAAAUAAUGAAGAGGAAAUAGCUUUAGCCAAGAGUGGCAUAGACUAAUAAUAAUAAAAACAAACAAAGGUGACCAAAAACAACGACAAUGGCUGAUGGACUUGGGAGAAUAUUAUCUAAACCUGUAUUUGAACCAGAACAGUGUAAGUAAAAGCUUAUGGCUUAUGAAGACUGGUAUGGAUAACAUCAGAUGAGUUACACAUUAAAAAAGCCAAAAGUUCAAAAGGGGGUGUGGCACUCACUAAAUUAAAUAAAUAAUUCAUUACUCAUUAUAGUAUUUACUGAACUGAGUAUUUACAUGAAACCUUUCCUUUCCAUAGCCCAUUUUGAAAAACUCUGCCCUAACUCACUAUGGCACGAUCCAUUUCUUAACAAAAACACUUUAAAAUAGCACACUAAGUGAACUACAUAUGAAAUACCCAACAGUUUCCCUUCUUUCUGCUGAGGUGGGACAAAAUCAGGUUUCCCCUGUGAAUUAUAGCACAUGUGGUGCUGGCACCAAAUUACAUCAUGAGCUAGGUUUGCAUAAUUUUUGCUUUGCCAAUCAGUCUGCUAUCCAUGUGUCACUACAAAGCAUCUGAAUAUGUCGUAGUCUUAGCUACUAUUUUUAGUCAACCGAUCUUAUUUGGUUCUAAACAUCCCUGUUUAUCAUCGAAAUUGGCUAGAUACACACCACUGGACAGAACUAUUAAAUAAAUUUCACCAUUUUUUUGUAUCUUCAUCGUAAACGGCUCUCGAUGACAAUCAUUAUGCCUUAUAUGAGAGAAUUAAUUUUCUGUUAUCUUUAAUGUAACAAUCAAAGUGUAUUAUCCAGCCAUUCUCUAGAAUGCCUAGGCAAAGUGUAUAAUAUAAUGGCUUAUGUAUUUCACACUUUGACGAUGCAUUCUAAUUCUAUAGAAUGGCUGGAUUACACACUUCGCCUGUAACACUUAAAUAAAUGAAUAUAUCUAAUAGUUUUUUUAUGUAAUCAAAUUCUAGAAUAAAGAAAUGAUUACAAUACCAAAAAUUUAAUGUAAGUUUGCUUCCACCUAAUAUGACUAGUAGGGGUACUUGGCCUACAAUAUCAAAAAAAAUAGUUCUUGUAGGUUUAUAGUAUAUAGCCAUUUGAGAGCAUGAUAAUGAUGAAUGUCAAUGAAUUAAUCAAUUGAAUAAGCCUAAGGAUUCCAAACUAAAAAGAAUAAAAAAAUAAUUUUAAAAAUAUUAAAGAAAAUUUUACCAUUCCUCACGAUUUUUUUUCCACAAUACUAUUUAGCUUUGACUAUGACAACGUAAUGAUAAAUCAAAAUGUAUAUCACAAAUGAAUGAUUUUAAUAAACCUAGGGUUCCCAAUUUAAAAAAAAUUAAAACAAAAAUAAUAAUAAAUAUUACCAUUCCCCUAGUUGUUUUUUUCCAAAAAUCUAUUUAUCUUUCUUUUGCUUAAUUGAAAUUUCAUUUUUGGAAAUAUUGAACAAGUAAGCCAACAUGCAGCUGUGAACAGUGUUUGCAGAGGAUUUGUUAUAUAUUAAACGAUGACAGCAAGACAUCAAGCAGCAAUGAAUAUGGGAUUGCCAGCCGACAGAUAGGGUGACAAUGUAACAUCUGGUAGAAGACCGAAGGCCUCAGUCACUUUUAGCCUAAGAGCCAAAAGUCUCAAUCACUUUCAGCCAAAAAUAAACCGAAAGUGCGCCAAAAGUGAUCAAAUGUCAAUUUUCGGUGCUGAAACCGAAGCCGAAAUUUGGUCAGUCUCUAGACUGGAAUAAUGUGAUUUGCAUGUCCACCUAAAUAUUAAUUAAUAUCUAUAGCAGAUACACGUCUGCAAAACAUAGUGAUCGCAGAUUGCAGUAUAAAGGUUAGUCAUCUACUUUUUACCUUCAGUUACAUUUUUUUGAGGCCAACUUAACUUGAUCCCACUAGACGCGUGAUGCAAGUAGUUAUACAUUAUAUAUACUGUAUGUUUAUUUAAUUACUAUUAAGAUAUUGUACUAUUUUGUGACGAUAUUAAACGAUUUUAGGAAUUUGAGGGUAAACAGGUCUGCAUAAAGUUUUGUAUGAAUUUGAGAUUGGAAAGUACUAUUCUGAUAUUAUAUUGUACUAUUUUGGAAGUUCCAGGGUAACCAGAUCUGUAAAACAUCUGUGUCAUGGACCCUCAAGGAUCUCUCUCCAUUGUUCUCUGUCUGUCACCACACACUGAAUGGCCUUUCAAGUCAUUUCAUCACUCCAGACUCCUUGUAUUUCCUUUGCAUCCCUUGUUUGUUGCUUUUCAUUGCUUACUAGGCAAUGCUUGAAGGCCCUUUCCUGAUUUUGAGCCGAAUCCAGUGUUUUCUUUUUAAGAUGUCAUAUGCUGUUUGUAGAGCAUUAACUUUGCAAAAAGUUUGCAUUAGUUAUCUUUCCUACAUAAGGAGAUUAUUAAACAUAAUAUAGAUAUAAAAUGACAGAAGAGUUUGUUGUUUUUUCUAUUCAGUCUAAGUUUUUUUUGUUUUGUUUUUUUAAGUUUCAACUGUAAAUAGGUUUUGUAUUCUAAAAUAAUUUUAUUUUCAACAAACAGACAUUUAAUCUAAUCUUACAAAUUCCUCUUUCAGUCAUAGCAAAGCUGUCAGGAGAUGGAGAAGAUGCUUUACUUGACAUGAAAGCAAAGAUUCACAUGCUCAAUGAUGAAACAGCACAAGCACUUAAGAAAAAUGUGUACAAAAACUACUCUCAGUUUAUUGAAACUGCAAGAGAAAUUUCAAGUUAGUCAAUUGAGAUAAAUUAUUUUAUAUUUAAACAUUUGCUGUUUAAAUAGAGACUGAAUGUAAUAUUUGCUUUGUUUAAUUUCUAUUUCAAACCAAUUUAAUUUUAGGAUCCUAUUAAUAGUCUUACUUGCAUUUGUUAUUUCUUGUUUUAUAUUGUCUGCUGAAGAAGACAUAUACUUAAAACAUCCAUUUAAGUUUCCUGUCUUUUCUUUUCAAGCCUAAACAUAUCUUGACCCACUAUUUAUUUGCUCACAUUAAGAAGGUGGAAAACACAAAUGAUAAGAUGCUGGUUUGGCUCUUUAGAAUCUUGAGGUUGUUUUAAGUGGGGAAAAAAUUGUUCUUCUAUCAAGGCUAACAUUUUUGUUUAAUUGUUCCUGCUUGUACACAAAUAUUUUCUUAUAUCCAGUUCUUGAAGGUGAGAUGUAUCAACUGAGCCACAUGCUGUCAGAUCAAAAAACUGAAAUGACUAAAAUGAUGGAGUUAUCUUUGGUUAGUGAUAGAGGUAAAGAUUGUUUUAGUUGGCUGUAGAUAGUUCUUGAAGUUUAAACAAUGGUAGAUCAUAGUUCAGGUUAUUGGUGAUAUUUUGGGAAUUGGGCAAACUCAUCUUUGUGUGGGCCGAAAUUAAAGUUUGCCUACAUAUCCUAAUUUGUCUGCUGAUACAGUUUUCAUAACAGUGCCCCUUCAUUACUAGGUGACAAGUAAGUGCUGAAAUAUUAAUUUUAUCAGACAUUUAUAUUUUUGUGAUACUCGUAUUAAUAAAAAAGUAAUUUUAAUCAAACUGUAUUAUACAAUUAUAAUUGUAAUAUUUUAAAUAUAAUAGUCAGCAUUAAAAAAAUGUGUUAAUGAGUAGGUUUUGUUGUGCUGUUUUAUAAAUUAAUAAGCUAUAACUUGUUUGAAGAUUGCUAAAUUUUUUUUGAGGAAAUGAGUGAAACAAAGUAUGGGAAAACCUGAAAAAAGAAAUGCAACAAAACAAUGAACAUCUCACAAAAGUCAAGCUCUGACAUGCAAAGUCCAUGAAGACGAAAUUAUUGAGAAAAGGGGAUAUAGUCUUUGACAGAUGUUCUGAACUUCUCCGUAAUAUUAUGCAAGAUAAGCAGUGACUCGUCUCUAAAUACACUUCAAUACAAAAUCACCCAAACGGGUGAAUUUGGAAAACAAGCUGAUCCAUAAUUAUGAAUUUCAUGGUCUCAUUCACAGUUUAAACUUUGGUCUGCCCCUCCUUGUAGCGACCAAUCACAGACAACUUACUUCUCCUCUUUUCUUUCCCUUUUAUCUGUUGUUUAAUCUCUCAAACUACUUAUUUUCUGUCACAAUUCUCUUGCUGCCCUCUCGGAUACUACAUUUCAGCUAAGUGUUAUUUUUAUUUAAUUCUGUUUUUACUGUUGUUUGUUGCUGAUGAAGGCCUUUUGUCAACACAUGCGCUGUUUUGUUGCGUUCCUUUUUUUCAGAUUUUCCAAAAUUUUGUUUCACUCAUUUCCUUUUUUUGCAUUUUUGAUUGCAGUCUCCCCCCUUAUUCCUAUUUUUUUUUUAAUUUUGUGAUUGAUCCAAUAUAUAGCUAUGGUUCAAGGUUCAAAGGGUGAGGAUGAAGACAAAACCAGUCCAGAGGAAGAGACUCGGCGUAACUUAGCUUUUCUACUAGAGAAAGUUGAAGGAUGCUCUGUAAGGAAACAUAUAUGAUUAGCAAGAUUGGCCAUAAUCAUGAAAUUGUCAAUAAUAUAAUACGGAAAUGGCCACACUUAGAGAAAAAUAGUGUGUGUUUUGGUUGGGGGGGUGAUGUGAGCUGGCCAUUUACGAUAGUAAAUUAUAUCAAUUUUUUUCUGAUACACAAAUGCAUAAUUAUUUUUCCUUUCCAAAUAAGUACUGUCUUGACUACUUAAUCAACUAUGGUACAAAUAGUUAACUAGUUGUAAAAUGAACAUUUCUAUCACUUAAAAAAAACAUAUUAGUUUGUCCUUCUAGGAUUUUUACAUUGGGUCAGCACUAUGGGACAAUAUACAUAGAUGUAUUCAAAAAAUUCCAACUAGUUCUUAAUUCCUUCAUUUAAUAUAAUUGACAAAAUCAGUUUUUUAAUGAUGGUGCAUUUUAACAUCAGCAUUUUUUAUAAAAAAUCAUGACAGAGUGUUGUAGAUGCACCUGGAAGACAGUUGGUUCAUGAUGGAGACCUUGUUGAAUUGGACACAGAGACGCAUAGUCAAAUCCAUAGAGUUCACGCUUUUCUCCUCAAUGACAGUCUCAUGAUAGCCACAUGGAUUCCACAAAGGUAACAAUUCACUUAUCAUUUUAACUGAUUCAAAUAUAGUAUUUAAAGAAAGUUUUUUAACAAGUGAUCAUUCCUGAAUUAUUUUUGUAACUUAUUACAUUUAGGAUUUUUUCUUUCUCAGUGUUAGUGAGCUUUGCCGGUCCUGAAUAUUUCAUUCGGUAUCAGUUGGUUUCCUUGAUUAAAGACCAGAUAGCAACACUGGUACAUGUAUUUCAGCUUUGUAUAAAUUCACACAUAAAUGCCUGAUAUUGACAUUUCUUUUACAUGACAGGAGAGGUCCUAUGAGAUACAGAUUUCAAGGGUUAUAUGAGCUUGAUGGCCUCGCUGUGGUCAAUGUGCGGGACACUGGGCCAGUCAAAAAUGGUUUUAAAAUUUUGAUGUUCCCUGAAUCACACAUGUACCAAACAGAUACAGCCAAAGCCAAGGUACAUAACAUCUUUACUAUUCUCAUCAGUUUACAAUGUCUUUCCACUGUUGGGAGAAUAGCUGUCCUUUGAAAAAGCUUACUAAAUCAGUUAGGCAACAGUUGAAUGGUUAUAUUUUCGCUGAAAAAAUAUCAUGGUUCAUUGGCAUUAUGGUGAUUAAUUCUUACUUUUCAACAGAGGCAAUGGCUUGAUGCCCUAGAGGACACCAAGAAAAAGAAAGCAGUGAAAGAUAAGCAAAAGAAAGAAGCUGCUACAAGAUUAGCUGAGCAACAACUAAUGGCAGCACUCGCUUCCCCUGGCGAAUCUGAUCUUUCUAAAAGUAAUAGUUGGUCGACUUAUGUACCUUGUACCUUAUUACCUGCCUGUAUGUAAUGUCUUUUAUCCUUUGAUUUAUUAAAUCCUGUUUCCUUUCUUUAAAAUAAAUUUUAUCCAUCAAAGUUACACAAAAUAUAAUAUUUAUUUCUACUAGGUUUUAGUGAUGACAAGGAAGAACCCGUUGACAGAGAUUUUCUGUCUGCUGAUUGGUUGCAAGAACUACCAGAGGAUCUAGAUAUGUAUAUUGCACAGCGUAAUUUUGAAGGGGCUGUUGAUCUUGUGGAAAAGGGUAAAACCUCUAUUAUUAUAGCCAAAAUCUUAGCAUUAAUUUUUGUUAUUAGUGAAAAUUAUAAAUUUCCAAAUAUAAUCUGAAAACUAAAACUGAAAGAUUUAAUAAGCUUUAAGAAGUUUUACAUUUUUUAAUUAAUCUAUGAAAUAUAAAGCUAUAUUUGUUCUUGCUUCUGUUUUUUGUAGCAUCUAAGAUAUAUUUACACGUUAAUUGGUUUAGAGAUUAUAGUUAUUAUUGAUUUUAUCAUUUAAAUGUCUUCAUUCAAUUUUUAUUUCAGUCUAUGACCACUUAACAGUGUGUCCCAAAGGUCCAGCAUUAAAAGAAUUCAGGUAAUUUCUACCUGUGUUUCUGGGUUACUUGGAUGACUAUUUUUAUAACAAUGUCUUUAUUUUACCAGUACAGUACUAUUUUCUUUAUGAUUUUCAUAAAUAAAAGUUUGAAUAUUUAUCUCUACAAUUCUUACAAUAGAAAGAACACCAAUAAGCCUUUAAAAAAUAUGGAAAGUAUGAUUUCAUGUAGUAUAUUACAGUAAUAAGUUACCAAAGUAACUUUAUACAGCAAAAAUUUCAACGUCUUUCUCGGCAUCCGGUUUUCAUCCAUAAAACUUGGAACACAAGCAAAAUUAUUUAGCUCAUGUAGUUUAUUACAGUUAAAAUAACAUUGAUAAUUUGAUAACUUAUACUGGGGAGAUGUACCAACUUAUACUGGGGAGAUGUACCAACUUAUACUGCAGAGAUGUACCAACUUAUACUGGGGAGAUGUACCAACUUAUACUGGGGAGAUGUACCAACUUAUACUGGGGAGAUGUACCAAAGCCAAAUUUGGGUCAGCUAAAAUUCCUGCCAACUUCCCGAGAAAGUCAGGACACUACAGGGAGAUUGAAUGCCUCUAAGUCACCUAGUCGUUUGAUGGUCUUGACCAGCAAUUUAAUCGCUGCGAAUACAUGAACUCUUCUUGUCCUAAAUUUAAAUCACUUCAUGACAAGGUCACAUUGAAUGUAUAAAAAAGAGUUCAUGGAUAGUUGGUUUAUUUUGACCUAUUUUGCAUAGAUCUUUUUAGCCUUUUAAAUAUUAGCAUCCAUGAUAUUAAAUAUUAGCAUCCAUGAUAUUGCUUAUAAAUUUUAUAGCUUUGAAAAUUUUUGCCCAAAUCAUUUUUGCCCAGAGCAAGGAUAGAGCACAGAGUCAAGCAGCUGACUGAUGGUUUGAUGAGUGAGUUGCAAGUCUCCCCAGAAAGGUCACUCAGAGGAGGGCCUAGAGCUGCCAGGAGAGCUGUCACUCAACUCAUCAGACUCGGGAAGUCAGCUCAGGUUUCACAUGUUCUAUAUGAUUUUAAGUGUUAUGUGUAGGAGGGUUCAUUAAUCAUUAAUGAUUAUUAAUUGAUGUUACCACUGCCGGUUCAUUUUUCUAAUGUAAUGGGUUUGUGGCUAGGACCAGCAUGAUCGUCACACCUAAUGACUCAUCUUUUUUUAUUUGGAUUGUAUUUUACGUUAAUGAUGAUUUUUCAAGGAGCUAGUGAUCAUCAAGCUUGAUGAAUUUGUUUAAAGACUUUGGUUUUUGAUCAAUUUUUAGCUUUUUAUUUUACUUUUGAAAUGAAGUCCUGAAAAAACAUGAGACUGUAUUGAAAUAUAUAAUUUAAAUCUGUCAUUUCAUUUUUACCCUAAUUACACGGCUAAAAUUAACAAAAAUUCUCCUUAGCUGAUAUCUUUGUAUUACAGGCAUGUGAGCUUUUCUUAAGAAACCGCAGUGCAAUCAUCAAAUACAACAUCAGACAACUUAAGUUUGAAGGGGCAACAACCCUCUACAUACGCUGCUUAUGUAUGGUUUUCUUCUCAUCUCUCUCUGACACAGCUAAAGAGUUUAUCAAGGCAUUUCCUGGUCAUUUUGGCUGUUAUUCAGGUAAGAGAUGUGACUGAUAACACAGAUUAGUUAUUCAUGAUUAAUUUAUAUUUUAUUUUUUGUCAAGUAAUGACAAAUGGUGCUAUUGUGUAUUUCUUAUGUCUGUGAGAGUAAAAUCAUUUUUUAAAAAUAAUUAUUUUAUUUCAUUAGUUAAAUCAUUUGCAUAGAAAUUCAAAAUAUGUGUUGAGUAUUACUGCUCUUAUCCGUCUAUUAACUUUGAAGUGAGUUGCUUUUUAAGCUCUUACUUAACAACAGCCUCUGUUUUAAUCUCCAGCUUUUGUGAUCUGGGCAAAACAAGAGCUGCAAACAUUUUUUAGUAUUUUCCGCCGUCAAGUGUUUGAGAGCAAAGCAAGUCUCACCACUAUUGCUGACUGUGUAGUUUUGGCAAGGAAUCAGUGUCAAGAGGUAAUCAAUCAAAAAUAAGUUGUUAACUAGAUUUUCAAUGUCAUGUUUUUCUUUUAAUGUUCUCAAAAAAAUAUAUUACAUUUAAGGUUACAGAGCAUGCAAAUUCCACCAAUAACAGCACUGUUCGAAGCUCAAUACCCCAAAGUCCACUAAUAAUAACACUGCUUGAAGCUCACGACCACAAACUCUACCAAUAACUACUCUUGUCAUUUUUCCACUAUAUUUACAUCUUUUCAGUUGGGUUCCAUUGGCCUCGAUGUCAAGUUUUGCCUAACUAUCCUCUUAGAAAAUUCUAUACAAAAUAUGAUUGAAGAAACUAGGGAUCAGCUAAUAGAUGGUGUUAAAUACAGGGCUAAUGUAAGUGUUUAUCUCUUUUAAGGGAAUAACUGUCAGUGUUCUAGUGAAGUCUGGUUUUUUUUUUUUUAAACUCUUUUUUUUUUUUUAAAUUAAGAUUAUGCAUUUAAUUUAAGAAUAAAGAUGUGAAGUCUUGUUACACUUAUUUUGCCUGAAAUUUACCAAUUCACUUGUCUGAAUAAAGUGCAAAGAAUAAUUUUUUAAAAUGUAAAAUUCUAUUUAUCUGUAACUGUUUGGUCUCAAGAAUUAUCGACGUUAAAUUGCAAUUGUCGGAUUUAAAAUAUUAUUAAAAUGUAGUGAAUACAAUUUUAUGAUCAUAACAUUUGAAGCCUCGGGAGAUGUCCUUUUCUUGAAAAGACUCUGAUUUUACAUUUAAAAUUACCUAUAAUUUUUUUUAAUUCAUCAAAAACUUUGUUUUUUUUAUGCUCCUCAUAUAAUACAAUGCUAUCUUUCUUACUUUUUUUGCUUUUGGUGUAACAUUGUGUAUAUAUAUGUUCUGUAUACCAGGAUGACUUAUGGAGACCUAUGAACCACCUCUCCCAGACAGACUGUGAUAAAUAUGUAGCAGAAGUUGCUGCCCUUGGAUUUGAUAUUAAACCAUAUGUUUAUGGUAAGAUCAAUGUCUUUUGUUGUAUAGCAUUAAUGCCAAGUUCAUAUUAAGUUGAAUUUUAAAUAUUUGAAACACUUAAAUGAGGAUCUUCAUUAACAGCCGCUCUUGAAAGGAAAAUAAAGGCGAUGGAGAUGAGAUGCUUCAGAAGCAUUUUCGGCAUCUGCCAUAGGGAACACAUCUCCAAUGAUACAGUGAAAGAAAGGGUUCGUCAGGCAAUGAGGGAGUUCGAUGACCUACUAGUGACUGUGAAAAAAACGCAAACUACAAUGGUACGGCCACCUAACAAGGAAACAAGGGCUUGCCAAAGAAAUAUUGCAGGGCACCACAAGAGGAGGGAGAAGAAGAGGAAGACAAAGAAAAAGAUGGGAGGAUAACAUCAAAGAGUGGACAGGACUAACACUGGGCGAUGCAGUGCGUAGUGCUGAAGACAUAGAGGAAUGGAGGAGGAUGGUUCACAUGUCAUCUGUGGCGCCUCAACGAUCCAAGGACUAAGGAACAUGAGUAUGAGGAGGAAAUGAGGAUCUUGCUCAUUUUUCUGAGUAUGGAGUUGGAGACAAUUUAAUUAAAUUGAUAAUUUUGUGUUAUUUCAACUAGUGUAUGUAAAUCUGUAGUCCAACAAAGAAAAGUUUACAUUUGAACACAUUUCAGAUAAAUGCUUCAUCGCCAUAACCAUGAACUCAGUCCAGUUUGCCAAAAGUAUUGUUAAUUAUGCUGAAGACCUUCUGAAACUGUUCAACAGUGAAUUAGAAGACACCAUUGCUGAGGUCCUUGCAGCUGUUUACAAGGCACAAGUCCUACAUAUUGAAACAUCCUUAAAAUCAGAGCAGUUUAAGAAGGAGGUAGGAUGUUGUUUUUUUUUAAUUUCUCUCAAAAAUUGCUAUAAUUGGUAGUCAUAAAGGCUUAUUAAUAUUUUGCUUGUUAAUGUCCAACAAGAGCUGGUCUAAGAACUCCAGAAAUCAUAUGAACUUUUAUUAUAAGAACUCACUAAAAACUACUUAAAAUAAGUAAAAAAGAUGAUUUUCUUUUUAAUAUACAAAAAUAGAUUCACAAUAUUUACAUCUUCUCUUAUUCAUCAGCAAUCAUUGAUACUCAAGAAUUCCCAGUUUUUGCUUGAGGUGGUGAUGGCUAAAAUAGAAUCUCUCUACUCUUCCAUGAAUGUUCCCUUCCCAGUCAAACUUCAACAAGUCAAUGCUCACUUCAGAAAACUCAAAGCUUUGAUUAACAAAUAAUCAUAGCCUGAAAGCUGAACAAGUCACACUAUAAUUAUACUCCUGAAUUUUGAGAUGAAUGAAAAACAAAGAUUAUUGGCAUUGCUGAUCCUAAAGUAUAUUGUCUUUAUCCUACAUCUAGAAAAAUUUCAGGAUAAAAUGAUAGAAAGGUUCUUUCUGAUGAUGUUUCCUGAAAAUCAUAAAUUAUGUGGAGUGUGUUAAGUUUGAUGCAAAAAUAAAUGUGUUAGUUAAGUUAAAGUUUAAAUAAUGUAACUUUUUAGUUACCCAGGCUCUGGUUGGUAAUGUAAGUCUGUAGUGGCUUGCUGACUAAAGAAGCACUGCCACAGGCCCCCUGGCAUUACCCAGGGAACAAAACCCCCAUAGCUUGCGCCUAUGUUGGUAGACAAGGGACAUGCAUGGUAUCUGCCGAAAAUCGUAGCAUCUACAGGGCUACCAGCUGUGGAAAAUCUGCAGUUGGAUUUAAAAAGGCAGAAACAGGGUAGGGAACAUGAUUAUGUGUUGCCCUUAAUCUAUAUGAGGCAACGGUGGGUAGUGGCAUCCUCAUGCCGAUGAUUUUAUUUGCACAGCAUUUGAAAAACUGUUCCUAGCCACCAUUUUGUCCCAUGUGCUUGGUAAAUUAGUUGUGAGGUAGAAACCCAUUGUAAAAAUCCAUAUUAGAGGGCCCCUGACACUUGCCCGGGAUGGGACAGGGAAGAUUUUAGGACAUAAAUAUACCAUCCCAACCCCCUGGGAAAGUCGACCGCAACCGGAUGUCCUUGGGCUGGGAUUGCCUCCAUUGGUACCUGAUCGAGUUGGUGCUGGUGGGGUCUGUCCUGGUUAAAGGAGAUCUCAAAUGUGCUGCUUCGUGGUCCAAUACUCUGGCCUUGGAGAGGGCAUAAAGAGCUUGGUACUUGCUUGAUGGCUCUCUGACACCAUUUCCUAAUGUACAAUUUCAAUAAGCAAACAUUUAAUAUUGCAUUAAUAAGCUAAUGGCUUGAGUGCUUGAAUCACACAGUAUUUUACUACUGUACUGUCUCUGAUUUAACUCCAUGGGUCGUCUAUACCAGGGCUGCUCGUCUCCUGAAAAUGAAUGGACAAUAUGCAAAUUUAACUGAAAUGACCUGUCUGUUAAAGCUCAUAAAAACAUCUAAUUAUCUGUCAACACAAAAAAGAGACAUUAUAGACAAAGGUUUAGAUGCAGUACAAAAACUGAAAAUGUAACAGUAAAAGUUACUUCUGCAAUGAUCAACAGUAUCAACUUGUGUGAUCAUAAGCUCAAGAAAUUCAACACUGAAAAGAAUUUCAUACAAUAAAUGUAUGCUGUUUCGAUAUGGACAUAGCAUCAUAGUUUCAAUAUUUUUUUUUUAAAUAUAAAUGUGAAAAGUUUCCUAGUUAAAACAGGAAUUCCAUUUAAUAAAGGGGGAAAAAAAUUGACAACUAAAGAGUUUUUAAAUGUAAAUUUUCCUUGCAUUAAGAAUGUGAUCCAUAGUGAUUGGUGUUUAUUAUAACAAGACUAAACUUUGUAUUCUUUAUUUAAGUUUUUUACUGGUCACUAAAAUUUGUGUAAUAUAUUUGUGUAGUAAUUGUUAUUUCAUUGCUGUCCACUGUACAUUGUUUAUUUCAAUAGAAUAUAUUAUUUGAUAAUGAACCAAAGAUAAAUAAAACAAAAGAUUCCUCAUGUUCAAAUGUUUUUUGUUUACCUCUGAUGUUGUACCUUGGAUGUAGGCCUAUAGUUUAAGCAUAUCAUGUAUUUUACAAUGGCAAAUGAAUCAUUCAUCUUAGAUAAAG